CAGUUCCUCUCCCGCCGCGCCCGGCCGCCCGCCGCUCGCUCCGGGCCGUGGCGCCUCCGGGACCGACGCGCUGCAGCCUCCAGCUCGCCGCAGGCGGGGCGUGCGCGCAACUCCGGGCCUGGCCCCCAGCCCGCAAACCCGCGUCGCUGGUCCUCGGUUCCCAGCCCGCAGCCCCUCUCGACGCGAGCCCCGCUGGGCCGCCCCGUCGCGCCCCGGGCUCUGAACUCAAGUCACCGUGGAGCGCCGCCGCCGCCGACCCCUUCGCCCCGCUACUUUCACCGCAAGCUGGAAAUAUGGGAUGUAUAAAAUCAAAAAGGAAAGACAAUGUGAAUGACGAUGGAAUAGAUUUGAAGACGCAACCAGUUACAGAGUCUCAGCUUUUACCAGGACAGAGGUUUCAAACUAAAGAUCCAGAAGAACAAGGAGACAUUGUGGUAGCCCUGUACCCCUAUGAUGGCAUCCACCCAGACGACUUGUCUUUCAGGAAAGGAGAAAAGAUGAAAGUCCUGGAGGAGUGGUUUUUCAAGGAUAUAACCAGGAAAGAUGCAGAAAGGCAGCUUCUGGCCCCGGGGAACAGCGCUGGAGCUUUUCUCAUCAGAGAAAGCGAAACAUUGAAAGGAAGCUAUUCUCUGUCUGUCAGAGAUUAUGACCCAGUGCAUGGUGAUGUUAUUAAGCACUACAAAAUUAGAAGUCUGGACAAUGGGGGUUAUUACAUCUCCCCAAGAAUCACUUUUCCUUGUAUCAGCGACAUGAUUAAGCAUUACCAAAAGCAGUCAGAUGGCUUGUGCAGAAGAUUGGAGAAGGCAUGUGUUAGUCCCAAACCACAAAAGCCAUGGGAUAAAGAUGCCUGGGAGAUCCCACGGGAGUCCAUUAAGCUGGUGAAGAAGCUCGGUGCUGGACAGUUUGGAGAAGUCUGGAUGGGUUACUACAAUAAUUGUACCAAAGUGGCUGUAAAAACCCUGAAACCAGGCACUAUGUCUGUGCAAGCGUUCCUGGAAGAAGCGAACCUCAUGAAGACCCUUCAGCAUGACAAGCUGGUGAGGCUGUACGCCGUGGUCACCAAAGAGGAGCCCAUCUACAUCAUCACGGAGUACAUGGCCAAGGGCAGUUUGCUGGAUUUCCUGAAGAGCGAUGAAGGGGGCAAAGUGCUGCUUCCAAAGCUAAUUGACUUUUCUGCUCAGAUCGCAGAAGGAAUGGCAUACAUCGAGAGGAAGAACUACAUUCACCGAGACCUCCGAGCAGCUAAUGUCCUGGUCUCUGAGUCACUCAUGUGCAAAAUUGCAGAUUUUGGCCUCGCUCGAAUAAUUGAAGAUAACGAGUACACAGCAAGGGAAGGUGCCAAAUUCCCCAUUAAGUGGACAGCUCCAGAAGCAAUCAACUUUGGGUGUUUUACUAUUAAGUCUGACGUGUGGUCCUUCGGAAUUCUCCUGUAUGAAAUCGUCACCUAUGGGAAAAUUCCCUACCCAGGGAGAACUAAUGCCGAUGUGAUGACGGCGCUGUCACAGGGCUACAGGAUGCCCCGCAUGGAGAACUGCCCAGAUGAGCUCUAUGACAUCAUGAAAAUGUGCUGGAAAGAAAAAGCAGAAGAGAGGCCAACGUUUGAUUACUUGCAGAGUGUCCUGGAUGAUUUCUACACUGCCACGGAAGGCCAGUAUCAGCAGCAGCCUUAGAACGCCGGACGACUCGUAGCCAUUCGCAGGGACUGCUGCCUCAUUAAAAAAGAAGCAAUAACAAUCACUGGUUGCAGUAGUUUUCAUGUGCUAAGAUCAUCUACUGUCCCUGCUUCCCGAAAUGAGGCUAAAUUACUCAGGAAGAAACACUCUCUACAUGGAAAAUGAUCUCUUCUCAUAGGCUGAUGCCCACGGCUCUGCUGCUUGGCCUGCUCCCAGCUGGCCAUCUUGCUUUCUAGACCAACAUCUGAAUGCAGCCCUCUGAGAAGGAAACACCUGUUCUAUCCAAAAGGCACCCACUUUGGCCUGUUGUUUACAAUUGGACGUGUGACUCAAAGGUUCAGAGGGCAUUUCUAUAAAUCCCAGGUAGUAGCAGGACUAAACUCAUUUAUAAAAGUAAAAUAACCAGGAGCCUAUCAUGGCACUCCUUUGUAUUUUCUCUAUGCUUUGGCUAAUUUGUUUAAAAAUUACUAACCCAACAUGUUAGAUUUUGCAAGUGAAGUCAGAAGCUUAAAAAUGUCUUUCUCAGAUUUCAGUGAUCACCCCUCCCCCUAAAAUCUGAGUCUGUUAAACAUUUUCCUUCCGUGGAGACUGCUCAGAACCCUCAGACAUAAAGCAGCCGCGCUUUUCUGGUCUUGUCCCUGUAGAAGUGACACUUGUGAGUCAUGCAAAACUGCUGUGUUCAGUGGUGAACCCCACUGACUGUGGGGCCUUGCCCAGACCUCCCAGGAAAGGAAGAGGAGCCUCAGAAACCACUCCACCUUAAAAAGGACUAUUUUUAAACUGUCCGGCUUUUCAGUUCCACAGUUUCCUAUAUAUAGACUUUUGUUGACAGUGUAGUUUGGAAGAACGAUAAGAUUCUAAUCUCUGCGGAACCUCAUAAAUCUUAUAAAACGUAAGAAUUUUCUUUAUCGCUUCAAAUGACUUGAAUGUUAUUUUAAUGAUCAAAUAUUAAUUUUAGUUGUACUCAAAGUAACAUCGUAUUUGGGAGCUAUUUUGUGAUUCAGCAAUCUUUUCUUAAUGGUGUAAGAUGUGUGUGAGACUAUUUAUACAGGACAUGAAGGAGAAUAAGUGACUGAAGAGGCUCCAAUGAGCCUCUGUAGGAAGAACACCGGAGAUUUGGUUUACUAAACUUUUCUACAGUAAGCUUUGAAUAGAAAAUGCUGUCACAUCAUGUUUCACUUAUGCUGUCAUGUAUAUACCUAAUAUUUCUAUUUUUUUGAUUUUAUUUUAAUACACCUAGCCCAAUAACAUCUCAAGCUUUUCACUGUGUUUAACAUUUCCGACUAUCGUCAACAUAAAAAUGAGUUCCAGUUGGGAAAAUGAGAGGUGAUUCCAUAUAAUUACAUGGUUUAAAAGAUUUGUUCAAAUUCUGCCUCCAUCAACUGGCAUUUUCAGAUUGGAGAACUGAGGAAUUCAUGAGCUGGAUGCCUGAAUAUCGAUUAUGGGGGCCAAGUAGGAUUUGUUUACAAUUGCCUUAGCAGGCACCAUUAAAAUUUCAUUUUGUAUGUGUUGGCUAGGCAUUGGGUGCCUAGGGGAAAGGAUAAAAUAUUCUACUUUUCCCUAAAUUUUAUCUUCUUUUCCUGUGAUUUAAAAAAAUAAAAGUCCCUUUAAAAAUAUUCUAAAAUUCUCAGUUCACAAAUGCCAUAUUCACAAAGAUAGAAUACUGUCAUCAUUUAAUGUCUGUACAGCUAAUCACUGAUUCUGUGGUAAGUUUUCCAUGUACACCCACCUGUUCACGUUUUCUUUCAGAAUCACACAUAUGAUCCAACGUGUUACAUAAAGAGAAAGUGUAAAGAAUCCCUGGAGUAAAAAGAAGUCUCCAGAAAAUUACUAAAUUGAUCUUCACCUUGUUUUUCUUCUCUCGAUUCUGAUUCCUUUUUGCCACUUUUCAUUCUGCGUUCCCUCUCAGCCAAGUAUGUGGUGCUUUCCUCCACAUGUCCCCAUCAGCUCAGCCACGGCACUCACCUUCUGCACGUGCUCCAGCCACAUAGUACCCAGGGGACAGCAAGCAGCCUCCUCCCUGGGCAGUAGGAUUCCAGCCUUCUUAUGGCAAAAUGAGGGGCUGAGGAGGUUUUUGUAUAAUCUUGGGGUCUCCAGUGGUGUGCAGAAUGGCUUAGAUCACCACAUCCCAGGUCAUUAUUGAGAACUCGAAAACUGAAUGCCGACUCCCCGAGACCUGACUCCACUGCCCUGCAGUAAGGGACCAACGUCGCUGUGCUUCAAAAGCUUCCCCGGUGAAUAUAAUGUGUUCUUAGGCCACCCCUCUGCUUUGACCCCUUUUGCAAAGCUAUCUUCUCAAAACAGUGCCAGCCUUCUCUUCCCUCAGAUGGUUUGGUUUCCCAAGGGAGAAGUAGAGGAGGAAAAAGGAGAAAAUGUGUCUUUUUUCCUUUCUGAUGAACAUGAAGCUCACUGAACCUAAAGUAAUAGACUUGACACUGGUGUUUCCAGUUGAAAGGGACACUUGGUGCCUCUGUAGCCCCUCCAAGCAUGCCUAUUCUAUAUCCUUUUCUAGUCUAGUCUAGUCUAGUCUAUUUUAUUCUAUCCUAUUCUAUUCUCUAUCCUCUUCUCUCCUAUUCUAUCUAUAUCUAGCCUAGUUCUAUUCUAGUCAUCUAUUCUGCCAGAAUCCCACUGGAAAGCAUACUGCCCAGGCCUUCUUUUAGGGGGAGCUACUACACCCCAGAAGCCUUGACCCCUGUCCAAAAGUGUAUAAGGGGUCAAUAGAAGGCGGGACUAUGUUUAUUUACUUACACAGCAGGAUCGGUCGAGGGCACGGGGAUGUGACUAUAAACCGAUUUCCAGUGUUGCCCGUGGUCAUGGCUUUCCCUUUGCCUUUCCCUUUUCUUGAACAAACGACAUGGGGCAGUAGCUGCUGAGAGGUACUCAGCACUGAAGCACCAGCAUCCGCCAAGUUCAACUGAAUUAAAACAAAUGUUCAUCCUGUAGCUCGUCUCUGCAGGCCUUAUGAUUUUAAUUGCCACAUUCCAAAGCCAGUCGGUUUCUUAUGUUCUCAGCCAAGAGCAUGUGUCAGAUGAGAUCACGCCUCCCACCUUUCCCCUUAUAACAUAGUUUUCUGCUUCUGCCUGGUUGAGUGGAGACUCCAUUGCUCUGUCUCCUACCUUUAGGUUAAGUGAAGAUGAGUCUUGCCAUUCUUCCUGAUGGAAAUGGUGAUUGUAAAUACACAAAGGUACACACCCACCAUUUUCUCAGUGCUCUCUUUUGUGCUUUGGCAUGUUAUACAAAUGACCUCUUACAUAGCAAGCCUUAAAGGUAUGGUUGGUACUACCAGUUUUUCACAGCUGAGAAAUCAGAUGCAUUUAAGGCCACAGAAGGAAUAGACUGGCUUUUUUUCAUGUUACUUCUUUGUGAAAUAAAGCAAAUGAAAUACCUUUGUAA